AUGGCCAGCUCCCUCACCCUCUUUGACGUCACUGUCCCUCUCUUCCGUAAAGGAAUGAAGACCCUCAAGCAUAUCCUCGAAAAGGGAGAAGCAUAUGCUAAAGAAAACGGAAUCUCGACAAAUGAUGUCGUGAAUUGGAAACUCGCUGAAGAUAUGAAGCCCUUGACUUUCCAGAUUCAAACCGCCAGCAACACUGCCAAGAAUACUUGUGUUCGUGUUGCCAAACUUGAAUUGGCUGUUUUGGAUGAUAACGAGGAAACUUUGGAGGACCUUUACAAGCGCAUUGACACUACUCUUGCGCUGCUGGAUGAGGUGGAGGCGAAACAUAAGGCGGCGUUCGAAGGAAAGGAAGAUUCGGAAGUUGUCCUGGUGACUCGGGGUACUGAAAGAAAGUUCACUGGGCAAUCAUAUGUCCAAACCUUCGCUAUCCCCAAUUUCUACUUUCAUGUUACCACGGCUUAUAAUAUCCUCAGAAAUCAUGGGGUUCCAAUUGGGAAGCUAGAUUACUUGCUCGGCUAA